AAUUGGUACAACAGUUUGAACUUGGCGAGAGCGUUCCGAAUGAUGGCGAAGAACUUUCGAGCUGACGCAGUAGAACAAUUUCGAUCGUUUUGCUAUAUAAGACGUUCUGUAGUCUGUUUGGGUGAGCUAGUUUGAAAGGAGCGUAGACUUAUAUACUGCAAACUGCAAACAAAGUAGAAUGAAAGGUACAGCUGUGACCAUUGUCGUCACUCUGUCGCUGGUCGCUGUCGGACUGGAGGCUAAAGUGUUGGCAACCCGUGAUCCGCGCUGUCCCCGGGCCGAUGAUCCGAACAAGACGGUGCAUCUGACGCACCCGUCCGACUGCAACCGGUUUCUGGUGUGUUCGUCCGGCAUGGCGUACGAGAUGCGCUGUCCGGACGGAUUGGAGUACGAUGUGGAGCAGCGCAGCUGUGACUAUGACUAUCUCGUUCGUUGUUCGGUUGACGGGCGUACCCAGGUACAGCAGGCCAACUAUGGGUUCGAGAUGCCGCUGGAGCAGCUCGUACAGAAUCGUCCCUCGUGGAACGAUCUGCAGGAGGAGCGCAUGGACGUCCCAGUGCCGCAGUACAAACCGGCGGUCAGUGUCGUUGAUGCACGGUGCCCCCGGACGGACGAUCCGAUGAAGCCGAUUCAUCUGCCGCGCACCGGUAACUGUGGCAAGUUCAUGAAGUGUUUCGGAGGCCGUGCCUACGAGAUGGACUGCCCGGCCGGGUUGGAGUUUGAUGUGACAAACAGUCGGUGUGACUAUCCUGUGCUGGCCCGCUGCAGUCGGAUGGACCGGCUUCAUUGGGUCGUCGGCACGCGGGCAGCGAGCAUCAACGAUACCGGGGACGAUUUUGUAUCCGUCGGCAGUCAGCUGUUCGCUCUGGGACUGGGACUGGUACUGGGGCUGGUACUGGUACUGCUGGGCCUCGUACUGUGGCUGCGCAUUGUACGGCUCGUAGCGGGGCUCCUGGGGCAUGGGCAUGUUGUACGCGUUGUACGACAUUUCCGGGUACUGCGGGGCUGCGGCGACGGCAGCAACGAGGACAGCGAGUGCGAUGAAGGCUGCCAGAAUCGAAAGGAAAGCAAAUCGGUUAAACUAAGGCUUUACCAAACCGGGUACCUUGAUGAUGGCUCGUUGGAAGGCAACAGCAGUAGCAGUGGUAACGACAGCCAUUACAACACAAUGCGAGGUGUCACUAUGAGCGUAGCAACACCUGUCACCUUUGCGGUGAUCCUUUGCCUCGGCACAACUAUCCUGGAGGCAACGUACCUCGAACGUCCGCUGUGGUUGGCGGACAAGGGCCGACAGCAGACGGUGUCGUACGGGAAUGCGAAUACGCGUCCGAGUCAAUUUUUGCCGGCGAACGAACCGAGCUGGAUAGUGCCGGAACCGUAUCGCACCGGAGGGGUGAACCUCGAGUGGGCAGAAACCGCUCCGAUACGCAACCAACCGACGCAGGACUCACCGAAUACGGCGCAGAAAGUUCGCGAGGAGCGUCCUCCGUACGAGAGUUACGAGACGGACAAGGCGUACGAGUACCAAGCGAUGUAUCAGGGACAAGCAAGUCAACCUGUCUGGAUGAACCAGCAGCAGCAGCAGCAGCAGCAGCAGCAACAACAGGUCGAGUAUCAGAAGCCUUAUUCUGCACAGGAACAGGCACAACCCGAACCCGAGUACUAUGCGACGUACGGUGGUCAGCAGCAGCAGAGCUGGAACCGUGAGCCGGUACCUGAGAGCUCUCCAGUAAACGAGUUGUAUCAACAGAACCAACCGAUGCCCGAUACUGACACAAAGAUGCCGUUCGAUCAGCACAAACCGGAACAAACCCCGGAACCAGUUCCGUCUAAGCCUGAAGAGCAGUCGUCCAACACGGCACCACUGCGACCUCAAGAAGUACAGCAGAGCUACAAUCCAUACCUAGCCCGCCCGGAGAUGUAUCAACCGGCCCCAGCAUACGUAGAGCCCCAGUAUCAGCUUCCGUACUAUGGACUGCAGCCGUUCCCAGCUUUAUCCGGAUCGGAGCAGUAUCAGAUGCAAAAGCCCGGCUAUAAACAACCUUCCUUCCAGCCAUUCAAACCUGCGGAGGAAACGAACAAGGUGAGAAAACCGAUGCAACAGGAGAGCCAGACCGAGCAAGUAGCGCCACCCAACGCUAACCUGGGCUACUACGCGUACCAACCGCAGGCCGGAUGGUAUUCGUACCAGCAGAACCCACUGCAGGCCGCCGUUCAAACGGAACCAGAAGUGCGUGUAGGUGAUGCCGGUUUGUCUCUCUACCCAAUGCCGUCCGUCCAGGGGGUGUACGAUCGUGAGCCGGUAGCCGAGAAGCCUAAGCCGCAGGUUCAGCAGCGUCCGUCGGUGCAAAAGGUACCGGAACGGCUACCCAGCUACCAGCCGAACCGCAUGCCAUCGAAUGGCUGGGAGGCGCCGUACGAACCGUUGCUGCCGGCACCGAUGCAGCCGAAACCGAGACCACAGCAGCAACGUCCAGCAGUCGUGGAACCGACGUACAACCGUCGACCGGAAACGUCCCACUGGGACGAUGGUGACGACGAUGACGAAGUGGUGGUGAAGUACGAAAAGCCGGUGACACGGAUCGACGCACGGUGCCCACGAGAUGACAAUCCGGCCAAACCGGUACACUUCCCGAGCGCGACCAGUUGCGUCAAGUUUCAGAAGUGCUUCAACGGUAUCGCGUACGAGAUGAGCUGUCCGCCGGGGUUGGAGUUUGAUGCCAAGAGCAAUCGGUGCGAUUAUCCGGCCCGUGCUAGAUGCUCGCUGUAGGGUCGCGUUCCUCGAUCGAACCCAGUGGUGCAAUUUUCGGUACGUUUAAAGCAUCAGCGUGUGCAAUGAUCACGUAACGCCCAAUAAAUCAGUAGCUAGAUAGAGCAU